GCUUAUUAAAGAGACCCGUGAAGCGCACACGUUGAAGGACGCUUUUAUCGCUGUGGUAGUUUUUUACGUUUUAAAUAUUAGUAGUGUUUGGCUCCGUUGAGAAGCUGAAACUCACCUGUUUUAGAGAAGAUGAUGGAGUUGUCUUUAUACGACACUAGCACGGGUCACGGGUGUUCGUAUGAGCAGAUGUCUCUGGCUGAGAUGCUGGAGCUUCAGGAUCAUCCUGUGAGUGAGGAGCAGGCCUGGGCUCUGUGUUAUCAGCUCUGCCGCAUGCUGUCUCAUCGGUCCGGUGAGCAAACACGGAGGACGGCGGUGUCUCCGGCCGCGGACGCGGUGCUGCUCUCCAGAGACGGAGGCGUCUGUCUGCGGCCGAGCGGCGGUGAUUCCUGUGUGAUGGAGACAGAGGAGCAGGCUGUGGAGUUUGUGGGCCGUCUUGUGUACUUGAGUCUGGACUGGGGUCUGGAGACGCAGGUGGAGCGUGAGCUAAGCGAGACCUUGGAGAUCCUGGUGUGUCAGAUGACCAAAGUGAACCUCGGCCACCGCCAGCCCAUCUGCAGCAUCGCUGACGUCAUCCGUGUCUGUGAGGGGCGUCUGUACGAUCCGAGUCGGGCAGCGAAACACUACAGGAGCGUGUGUUCCGGUCUGUUCUCGCACACCGCCGAGUUGUGUCAGUAUCUGCAGAUCGUUCAGCAGUCCAGGAAGAGUCUGCAGAAACUUUUGGAGUCCGAGACCCAACUGGUCGCUCGAGUGACCACCGACUGGGUGUCCUCGUGGAGGGAUCUGGUGGACGAGUUGAGCCGAGGUGUGCUUCUACGGCCGCUGGAGAAGAGACGGACCGUCAGCAGAUGCCCACAGCCUGCAGAGACCCCGCCGUUCAACCAGCUUCUGCAGGACAUCCAGUGCAGACGCUACACUCUGCGCAAAGUCCAGCUCACUGAUGCAGGAGACGGCCGAAGAAAACUAGACCCUCACCAGACUCUUCUGGAGUUCAUCCGUUCACGGCCAAAGUUGAGACCGGCGUCCGAGCGCAGGAUAGGCCUGAAGCCCAAAGAGCAGAUCAGUCUUCAUGAGUUGCUGAUGGAGGAGAUUCGUUCCACUGACCGCUGCAAACGUCUGGCACACAACGCAGAGUCCAACUAUAAGCGUACAGAAACUCUUAGUCCACAACUCUGGUCUUUUAAUCUUACUACAAAGGAACUAUGUCUUGACGAUAAAGAAGCGGCUGAAGAGCGUUCUUUUUUGAAGUCGGCUCCUCACAGGAUACGCUCCGAAGCUGUUGGUUCAGGAAGUGAUGCGCAGGAUGCCAGUGUUACAGACUUCAGACUUGGUGCAGGAAAGCGCCGGACCAGAUCUUUUGCUAGUAACAGAGAUCUCUUCAAAAAGGUGAAGAGCAGUAACAGUGGGUCUGUUCUCACAACCAUUGUUGAUGUCAUGAAAAUGCACAGUUGUGAGGAGCAAGCAGACGUGAAGGACCUGUCGUGUGAGAGAUAUCGGGACUGGCGGGUUUGUUCUUGCUGUGCAGUGAGGAGCGUGUAUUUCACGUGGCAUAACGUCUGCUCGGUGUGUCGAAGGGUUGUGUGUCCCGGGUGUUGUCUAGAGAUGCGACUGCCCUCCAAGCGCUGCGUGAACCUUCCUCUGAGCUUCUUCAAGCAAAUCGUGAUGAAAGAUGGCGAGCAAAGCCAGAGCAACUUCUGGAGCGAGCGAUGGUCCUGGAAUUCAGUCUGGAUUCCUCUGGUGCUGGUGUCCGGCGGCUCCGGCUCGUCUCUUCACACUCAGGCCAUGCGCGACUGGUACAGUCAGGACCUCUGCGUGCGCUGCCAGAAGGACCUCCUGCAGGCCCACUGUCCCGUCACAGACUCUCAGGAGAUCUGAACGCCUCCGUCCUUUUAUCUGCUCCUUUAUUUAUGUGUUCGUGUGUUGUCAUUGGUUGUUCACAGUGUGGCCGGCACCUCGUUGGUUCUAGACGUUUGUUUUUCACCAGUUGCAUAGUUAGCUUUUAACGUUUUAUAUUAUGAACAAAUUAAUAAAUGCGCUGAACAUUUUUACUAACGUUUGUAUGCGUAUGGAGCGCCGUGAUGAUGGCCUUCGCUGCGGUUUAGAGAGAUAUCAAGGGCAAAUCUACACAGUGAUGUUUCAGAAUGGUUAAAAAAAAUAGUGCGCAACUACUUCAAUAAAAGAACGAGAUAAAUUGUA